AUGACGCACUUUGACACAAAGUAUAAGGAGAAACGACAGAGAUUAGAUGGCACUUGUGGAGCUGUUACAAUUACAGUGCCAACUGAAUUGAUCCUGGGGACUGUUGGGCAACCUCUCCUACUCCCUGUAAACUACACCACUGGAACGAAAGAUCAGAACAUUCAGAUUACCUGGACUUUCCAAAGCCAGUCUUUAGGUUCCAUGCUUCUGGUGACAGCUAUAAACAACACCUUGACUCCUGACAUGGAGCACGGCCACAGGUUUUUCUUAUCUCCUCCCAGUGCCACACUGUUAAUUAACCCAGUGGAAUUAUGUGAUGAUGGUGAAUAUACCAUAAAAGUGACUGCCUCUGGAGUGAAGAUGGUAUCAGCCAGUCGACAACUGACUGUCCAUGUCAAUGUUCCGGUCUCUAAACCAGUGGUGCACAGUGAUCCAGCUUGGGGAGCAGUGGAGUAUGUAGACAAUGCAACGCUCACAUGUACUGUCAGUAAAGGUACAAAGGUCAUUUAUCAGUGGCUGAAAGAUGGAAAACCAUUACCAGCAAGUACUCGUCACAUCUUUUCUGCAGACAACAAAAUGCUGUUCAUUUCUCCUGUUUUAAAAGAUGACCUGAGUAAUUACACCUGUGUGGCAAAGAACCCGAUUAGUAUGAAUGAAAGUGAACCGAUUGCACCCAAUAUUUACUAUGGCCCCUAUGACUUGAUGGUGAAGUCUGAACCUCGAUUCAAAAUUAGUGAAGGAGUAUUUGCUGUUGGCAAAGGAGAACCAGUCUGGUUUAAAUGUUCGGCAAAUUCUAACCCACCAAAUGUCUAUUCGUGGUUCCAAAAAGCUAACAAUAAGACAACACCCAUCCAUCAUGGGCCAGUAUUAAAUAUCAUGUCUGAGAAGGUACCAGAGAAAGCAGAUUACAUGUGCUGUGUCUACAACAAUAUCACCGGCAAACGGGAUGAAACUCAAUUCACACUCAUACUCUCUGCGACCGGCUAUGACUACCUGGGAACCACAGGGCUUGGGCCCCAGCUAGUCACAAUCUACAUCAAUGAGUUGGCUGAAGAGACCAAUUGUCAUAUUUCUAGAUUUGUUGAUUACACAAAACUAGGUGGAACUGUGAAUAGUGAGGAGGAUGUCGCCAACAGAUUACAUACGAGCACACCAAGUGUCAGAAACCCACUUUUCACAGGUGCUAAUCAUGGUGGACUUCAGGGCAGGACAGACUCUGAGGAUAUUCUGCAGCUCCAGCUGGCUGAAAGUCCUCAGGUUGUCUUUGAGGUGAUGACAGAAUGGAGCUUUCUAUACAUCCCAGUGAUGGAAGAACCUAAAGAUACAGAACCUUCACUCCUUUUCACAGUUGCAACCAAUUGGCUCCUCAAGGAUCCAAGGCCCCCUUUGGAUCCAAGGUUCUCCCCAGUUUACGAACACCAGACGUAUGUACAGCCGGUACAUAUGAAUGAGCAUUGGCGAUACUGGCAGAAUGGAUCUGCUGUCGGACUGCAGGUCCCACCGGAUAAAUUAAGUACCGUGUAUGAUAUUAUUCGAGUACCAGACAUCCGCACAGUUUAUGAAGUCAUUUGCCAGACACCAAAAACAUCCUGA